AUGUUCUACACACAUGUGCUUAUGAGUAAGCGAGGGCCAUUGGCCAAAAUCUGGCUUGCAGCUCACUGGGAGAAGAAACUCACAAAGGCCCAUGUAUCUGAAUGUGAUCUAGAGAUAAUCAUUGAAAAGAUUAUUUCACCUAAGGUGAAAAUUGCACUUCGAACUUCAGGACAUCUUCUUUUGGGAGUUGUUCGAAUCUAUAAUAGGAAGGCAAAAUACCUUUUGGCAGACUGCAGUGAAGCAUUGCUUAAAAUGAAGAUGACAUUUCGCCCAGGACUAGUUGACCUUCCAAAGGAGAAUUUUGAAGCAUCUUACAGUGCUAUCACACUGCCAGAAGAAUUUCAUGAUUUUGAAAUCCAGAAUGUGAAUGCUAUUGGUGUUUUAGAAAAAUUUACUCAGAACCAAAGCAGACCAGAAGAAAUCACACUUAGAGAAGAUUAUCACAAUGUCCUACUUUUCCAAGCUGGGAACUUUGGGGUGGAAGCGGAAAUCCUCAGAAGCCAUAGCUUCUUUGAUGACAACAUCUUGCUGAAUUCCAGUGGUCCUUUAGUUGAACAUAGUUCUGGAAGCCUCAAUGCAGAAAAAUCUCUGCUCUAUGACAGUGGAGAUGGAUUUGGUGAUGAAGGGGCUGCAGGAGAAAUGAUUGACAACCUACUACAAGAUGAUGAAAAUAUCCUGUUAGAAGACAUGCAUUUGAACAAAGAAGUUUCCAUGCCUCCUGAGCCUCCCGAUACUGUAGUGGUAGAACCGGAUAAUCCAGAGUGUAUACAUCUACUGGAAAAUGAAAAAAUGUAUGAAACCACAUUAUCAAAUGAAGAGGAAGGAUUUAUCCUUGAUCCAAUUGAUACUUCAGAUAUUGCCUGGAAAAGGAAAAACAAAAAGAGGAAGUUGCUCAUAGAUCCCGUCAAGGAGAUCAGUAGCAUAACUAUGCAUAAACAGCUUACUUUCUUUGCUGACACUCUCAUGGUUUUGGAACUUGCGCCUCCCACCCAAAGACUGAUGAUGUGGAAAACAAGGGGAGGAGUGGAUACACUUCUGUCAUCUGCUACCCAGGACUUGAUUCAUACCGAACUGAAAAUGUUGUUUACAAAAUGCUUUCUGUCUUCUGGCUUUAAACUUGGAAGAAAAUUGAGACAAAAGGAAUCAAUAAGGGAAGAAACGGGGGGCAGAAACAUAGUAGAGACCUCCAUGAUGAAAGGUUCAAAUUCCCAGCAAGUGUUAAGUCAACCCAAAACUUGGAAGGAUGUGACUGAGGGAUCUAAUUAUAGCUUUCAUGAGGAUACUAAUAAAAAUAUUAGCUCUGAGCAGGAUAUUGUUUCGUUGGCUGCUGAGGAAUCCUCUUUAAUGAAUGUUACCUUGACACAAGGAAUUGAAAAUUGUUCAGUUGAAUCGGAGUCAUUGGAAAAUGAACAAAAUAUUGAGGCAAAGAGAUGGAAUCGGAGAAUAUUUUGGCUGUUAAAUGAUUUGCGGGAAUCCCACAAGACGGGGAUGAAGUACUUUAGUCUGAUGACUCUCUGCAGAAAUAGUGACCGAAAACAAGCUGCUGCCAGAUUUUAUAGCUUUCUUGUCCUAAAAAAACAGCGGGCUAUUGAGCUGAGCCAGAGUGCCCCCUAUGCAGAUAUUAUCGCUACAGUGGGACCAAUGUUCCAUAAAAUAUGA